AUGCACCAGUCUGGUGAUAUCAUCUCUAUCAAGUGGAUCACACUUCCACACUAUGCCCAGGAAUCAAAGGACUACAACCACUUUCUCUCAAUAUUGACUACCAGUUCACUGUGCAUCUACAACAAUGCAGGCAAGACCUAUCAGAUCGUACCACCGUGUCCGAUCAUUGACAUCUGGCCAACACCAUACGGCAUGGUUCUGGAGCGAAUGCACAACUCUUCUUCACCUGUCAACGAGGAGAAGCCAUCACUGCUCAGUCUAAGCCAUCCUCUCGAGGAGCUCAAACCACUUCUGAAAAGAGACGCAUCGGUGAUCGCAUGUCAGUCACUCUCUUUCUUCUAUGACAGCAACCACAAGGUAGUCCACAGCAAUGCCGCCAGUCCGAUCAUGGUGACCUACCAUUCAAUCGAUCAGCUGCACUAUAUCUGGCGAUUGGACUUUAAAGACAGAGAACCAAAGUAUAAGAAGAGUGCAAAUCACAAACAGUCCAGCUCUGCAAUGGAGACAUCGUCAUUAUCAUCGUCAUCGUCAUCAUCACUAUCUCACUUUAUGGAAUCAUACGAAUCAGGUGCACCAGAUACCAGCUAUGUAGUAGAUGAUGAUGAAGAGUUUGUGAUCGACAGUGACAUUGUGGCCACACUGUUGAUGACCAGUGAGUGCAUUGGAAAGUCCACGAGUGCAUCCAUUUCAACACUUGUACUGGAACAAACGGACAAUCUUUUCGCAGUAUGCCUUCAGAUUGACGAUUCAUUGUUCAAACUUGGCCACAACAAUAACACUGACCACCGAACGAUUAGGGUGAUGAAUGACAAUCACAAGUGCAUGGCCAUCUACGUCCAGCCAAAGGACCUACCCUCAAUAGUCAAAGUCAUUGACCCUGUGUUCAACAGGCUGACACUGGUCCUCUCAGAUGGUACCCACCGAAGAGUCAAGCUCAUAUUGCCUUCUUUUGAGAGCACUUUGGUUAACGACUGCUUGAACAUUCUGACAUGCCAAGAUGUUGACAACAGACAAUUCAUUGCCACAAUCCAUCAUGCAAUGAAUGUUAGCAAUCACUCGAGUUGCAGCGACAGCUUUACACAAUUUGAACAGGCCGUUCUCUCAACCUUGAUUGGAAACCAAGUAAAAUCAACACAGUCAAUAUCAUCAUCUGAUACCACAGAUGACUGGGACUUUGUUAAGAGUUGGCAAUCAGUCCAGAAUCAGGUGGCAACCAAUGGACCAACUUGUAAAUCAAUCAUUGACAACAACGCACGAAAUCAAUAUACAUUCACAAUCAACAUCGUGGAGCACCUGCUUGAGCCUCUUCACCACCUCUACGAGGAGUACAAGUCGACAACCUAUCAAAUGGCCAACUCUCGAGCACUAGCACCAUUGCUACUCCAACUAGGUAUCUAUGCUCAGGAACCUAGAUAUGUUGAAUAUUACUAUCGUGAAAAUAUAGAGAUGUUUACAAACUCGAUCGAUUCGAUUCAAAUCUUUCUCACCUCUUGCUCAGAGAGUACUCGACACCAUCGCUCCGUACCAUCUGUGUAUCAAUUCCUCAUGUCCUACUUUAAUGCCCCAACUCUUGACCCAAUGCCAUUCAGAUUGACGCAAUCUGGACUACUCUCAGCCAGCUCAACACUAAAGUGGCUGAACCGGAUUCUCAGACUAUUCACAUCCACGCUCAAGUCAAUGGAGUUCAAGAAGCAGUGCGAAUGCCUUGUACUCACGAUGACCAAUCUAGGAAUCACCAACGAGGACAUCAAUAGCUUGGUACUUGGCGUCUCAACACCUCUUCGAGAGGCAAUUCGAUACUGUAGACAGACACCUCCAACCAAUUGGCCCAACUGUGCAUAUAUCCUAGUUGGUCGACAAGAUUUGGUGCAUCACUCAAUCAUGCCCUCUACCUCGUACAUCUCCCUUGAAUCUCUGCUUCAAGCACAGAUACCCACCUGUACAAGAUACAAUACCAACCUGUCAUCCAAUGACAAUGAUGUCACCUCACUGCGAUUCGACACUGACCUACGACUUAUUGAGGUCAAACGAAUGCUUUCAUUCUCCAAUCGUGUACACAUCAACCACAAUCAGGAGCAAGGCGUCAAUGACCAUGAUUAUCUCAUGGAGUUACAGGCCAAACUACUACUCUGCUCUCAGAGGACAAUGGCACUUACACUGGGCUAUGGUAUGUUCUUCAUUGGAUCAACCCGUCCCCUUCCAACCGAGCCAAUUCACAUUCCUCCCAUCAUCUUGGGAGGCAUUGUCAGCGAGUCAAAGACCAACAUCUCUCUCAAUGACCAAGUGAUGAUCAACACUCCAGACAUGCUUCACUGGCCCGAGUUCCAUACUGGUGUGGCCGCCGGACUAAGUCUAACAGCUGAACGGGCAGAGAUAACCAACACAUGGAUUGUCUACAACCGUCCAUCAGAAUUCACACCAUCCUACUCUGGCCUGCUGCUUGCCCUUGGUCUCCAGGGCAAACUGUCAUCUCUUGCGUUCACCAAAGUGUUUGAAUACCUUUCACUAAAGAAUCAAACAACUAGCGUUGGACUGCUGCUCGGUAUUGCCGCCACAAAGAAGGGAACGAUGGAGAUGUCAGUGGCCAAGAUUCUCAGCAUUCAUAUACCCUCCCUCCACCCUCCCUCAUCAAUUGACCUUGAUGUACCGUCGUAUGUUCAGAUCGCAUCGGUCAUGGGCAUUGGUCUACUCUAUCUUGGAACGGGCAACCGUAGAAUGACCGAGGUCCUACUCUUGGAGAUUGGAUGCAAGCCAAACAAUGACAAACAUUUGGACCGUGAGAGCUACAGUCUUACUGCUGGCCUGGCACUUGGUCUUGUCAACCUGGGUAGAGGUCAUGACGAUGGUACUCUUGAAGACCUAUCAAUAGAGAACCGACUGAAGGCCUAUAUCAACAACAACAAUACAUCUCUUCAUCGAGGUGGUGAUAACCAGCAGCGGGGAUCAAGCAACAACAAGUCCAACUUGAUACAUGAAGGAACCUACCCCAACACCGACAUCACAGAACCUGGCGCAAUCUUGGCAUUGGCACUCAUCUACCUAAAGUCCAACAACCAAAAGGUAGCUUCCUACUAUACACUACCAGAGUCAAACUACUCGUUCAACUUUGUUCGAACAAACUGUCUCUUGAUCAGGACACUUGGCAAAUCACUCAUUCUAUGGGACUCUGUCCAGCCAACAGAGGAUUGGAUACUCAAUCAGGUGCCUGUGAGCAUCAGAAGUCUUGUGACAUUACUGAAUUCACCUAAUGACCAAAGGGUAUUCAGCCUCUCUGAUACGGGAUACAAGAAUGACAUUGACCAUGAGUUCAUUUUGUUGAUCUUCUGCAACAUUGUAGCCGGUGCCUGCAUGUCCAUCGGAAUGAGAUUCGCCGGCACCGCCAAUGAACAGGCAUCAUCAGUGCUUACUGUUUGGACUCAGAGGUUCCUCAAACGCCAGCUAUUCAUCACGUGCAAACUGAAACAGAACAAUUGCAGUCGUACAAUGAUCACCACUAUUGAGACAUGUCUGGGUGUGGCCUGCCUUUCUCUAUCGUUGGUACUCAGUGGCACUGGUGACCUUUCUGCACUACGACUCCUCAGAAGUGUCCGUGGAAGAUUGUCCAAAGAUAUCAGCUACGGAAAUCAUAUGGCGAUAUCAAUGUCGAUUGGCUUCCUCUUCCUCGGUGGUGGAAGGUAUACAUUGUCUUGUAGCAAUGUUGCUAUCGCUGCCCUCGUGUGUGCACUCUAUCCAAGGUUCCCCAAUAGCAGUACAGACAACAUCUAUCAUUUGCAGGCCUUGCGACACUUUUACUAUUUGGCAAUUGAACCUAGGUGUCUGAUCACACGAGAUAUCGACACCAAUGCACCUUGCCACGUUCCAAUUGAAGUGGACGUAUCAGUUGCGCCAGACUCAAUCAAGACAAUAUCCAUGAUUACACCAUGUCUGUUGCCAGAGCCAAGGUUAAUCCAUUCCAUUCGUCUAUGUAGUCCUAGAUACUGGAAUCUCAAUUUCAGUGGAUGGGGAAACAGCAGCAAUAAUGAUACUACACCAGCUACAAUGUCCCAGCACCCCACAAUAUUUGUCAAGAGAAAGAUAGGACAUCUCACCUACAAUGAGGAUCCAGAAGGCUUCAAGAGUCUGGCCAAGUCAUUCCCAAAGAGUGUAAAAGGAUCCAACAAAGAAGAUAUUCUCAAGUCGUUCUCUGCCGACGCUCACAUCCUAUCAUUUGCCAGACACUACUGCCAUAGCUCUGGCACUGCUAACCAAGAGGACGAGGAUGAGGCCAACUUCAAUACUCACAUGUUGUAUGAAUGCUUGACGCAUGACCAACCAGAGAUACUCUCAGUGCAACAACUUCUCCACAGGUUGUCAAAGGACAUUGACCAAUUCAGCACGACAUCCACAUUGCUCUUUGAACAAGUACGUCUGUUGGUGGCUUAUCAUCACUAUUUAGACAGCAUUGGUCUCGGUCAAAGAUCCUAUCGUCGACUCAUUGAUCCAGCCGAACUCAGUCUACUGGAUAACAAGAUAGACAACUAUUGUCAAAGACUGUCAUCACCACUCACCACUGCCAAUCAACAACAACCUGACCUCAAGAGAUCACUGUCAAUGUUGUCCUACUAUGAUAUUCACUCAAACAAGUUUUGGAGGAGCGGUGAGGAUCCAAUAAACUCUUGA